AUGGGUAAGACACGUGGUAUGGGAGCUGGGCGCAAGCUGAAGAGGCUUCGGAUCAAUCAGAGGUGGGCGGACAAGCAGUACAAGAAGUCUCACCAAGGAAAUGAAUGGAAGAAGCCUUUUGCUGGAUCUUCUCACGCUAAGGGAAUCGUCCUUGAGAAGAUUGGUAUUGAGGCUAAGCAGCCUAACUCUGCCAUCCGUAAAUGUGCUAGAGUUCAGUUGAUCAAGAACGGCAAAAAGAUUGCUGCUUUCGUCCCCAACGAUGGUUGUUUGAACUACAUUGAGGAGAAUGACGAGGUGUUGAUUGCUGGAUUUGGACGUAAAGGUCAUGCCGUCGGAGAUAUUCCCGGAGUUAGGUUCAAGGUGGUGAAGGUGUCUGGCGUCUCACUCUUGGCUCUCUUCAAGGAAAAGAAGGAGAAGCCUAGGUCUUAG